AUGGCCCGUUUCAAAUGGCUACUUGUCGCUGCCUAUGCUACGCUGGCUGUAGCGAAUCCUCUGCCUAUUUCAGAGGCCGAUCACCUCCAGACUCGUCAAACCGGGAUAAAUGCGAACGAUAUCAUGGGUGGAUCUUGCAAGGACUUCACGUUGAUCUUUGUCCGGGGAACAUGGGAAGCAGGCAACAUGGGUGCAGUCAUUGGACCGCCCCUUUGUGCCACUCUAAAAGAGCAGAUCAGCCCUAAUCGAGUGGCCUGCCAGGGUGUCGACGGCAUGUACAGCGCUGACAUACCUCAAAACUUCCUCACCCCGAACACGGAUGCGAAGUCCAUCGCGUCCGCGGCCACUAUGCUCGAGCUGGCGACAACCAAGUGUCCGAAGACCCAGGUCGUGGCUGCUGGAUAUAGUCAAGGCAGUGCCGUCAUCGACUAUGCCAUUCAAGAAGUCAAGCACGAGGUCCGCAACAGGAUCCAGGCGGUGGCGUUGUUUGGGUUUUCGCGAAACAUCCAGGACCGCGGGGGCGUCCCGGGCUACCCGCAGGACCGAACCAAAGUGUACUGCGCACCGGGCGAUGUGGUGUGCGACGACAUCUUGCUUUUGUUGCCGCCUCAUUACACGUAUUCUGUGUAUGCGAAAGACGCAUCUGACUUCUUUGCAUCGAAAGUGAAUCAAUCCAACUAG